UUGAGAAUAUAAAGUUUUUUUCUCCACCAAAAUCAUUUAAAACAAUUUUUCAUUCUCUAAAAUCCUUUUUGUCUUUUUUUUUUGGGUAAAACUUUUAACUAGAGAAGAAAAAUUCAGAGUAUAUAUUACUUUUUCCUGUGUGCAUAUUGUAAAGAGUAAAAUAAAAAAUUUAAAAAGAAUUUUAAAAAAAAAGAAGGAAAAAAGGGCAAAAAUCGUAAAUGACUAAUAGAGCCUCAGCUUCCAAGCCGGUGAUUAUUAACACUCGGGCGAAGUAGCAGCGGCAGCGACGGCGGUAGUGAUUUAUUGUUUAUGACAGAGGCUACGGGAAGUGAGGAGAGAUUCGAAGAGACAAUGGCGAUGGAGCCCAAAGAAGUAAACGAAGAAGAAGAAGAAGACGAAGAUGAGGAUGGCCCACCCCCUGGGUUUGACUGCAUUGCCUUGCAGACCGAGACUCCGAAACUUAUUGCUGAACAAAUAAUGGUGGACAAGAUGGAAGAAGAACUUGAUGAAGAAGAUGAAGGAGAAGAAGAUGAUGAUGUAGAUGGCCCACCACCCGGAUGGUCUCCAAUUCCUCCUGCCCGUCAGCCUAAUCAUCAUACUUCUGGUCAGUAUAUUGGGCUCUUUUUUAAAUUAAAAAUAAAUAAUAAAAUUGAUUAUCUAAACUUUAGUACCUCAAUGCUCUGUUUGCUGUGCUUGAUUGUGUUCGUGAUUAAGAAUAAGCAAGGAAGGAAUUUUUGAAGUUCUUUCAGAUUCUCCCAAAUCUCGCUCUUUUCUUGUUUAUACACUUGGUGCUGUGCUUGAAUUAGAUUCAGACGCUCUUGCAUUGUUUCGUGGUGAGCUUGCCUUUCAUUCAGUUGUCAUUCCAUCUUUUAGUUCAUUUUAGUGAAGAGGUAAUCUUACAAGGCUUACCAGUUUGAGACGUUAGGGUGCAUAAAGUUAAACGCUGAAUUCAGUAUUCAUGUGGCUAAAUCUGCUUCAGUUAAUCUAGGAAGCAUAAAGAUUAUUUCUUUUGUAACUUGAAUGCAAGGGGCAAUUUUUAUUGGUCUAAAUGGAUGUUUGCACUUGAUUGGGAGGAUUUGAAAGUAGAAGGUACCUUAGAGUAGCUAUGGCUGUUAAGGUGAAAUCUAAAGCUUCGUGUUUGUAUUUUGGGAAGUGUCGAGCUCUGUUCUUCUAUCUCUUGUUCUGGUGAUGGAUUUAGUUGAUGGAGAGUCUUAGAAUGGGUUGCGUAGUCUGUUGGAUAAUAACCUUUUUGUUUGUCAGUCAUCUGGACCAUAAACAUGUAUGCAUUGCUAUGAAAAUCCCAACAAAAGGGAAUUCAAAUCUUGAACCAUCUGUUAUUACUUGCAUCUGCAUUGGCUUAAAUCCAGUUCAGUUGACUGAUUUGCAGCAUUCAGAUGUUGAAAUGUCAGAAAAACAAGAGGCUUUAGAAGAUGAUGAUGAGGAUGAUGGGCCUCCACCUGGAUGGGACUUGGUUCCACCAACCUCGCAAGGGGCAGACGCUGUUCCCUCUGGCUCUACAAGAAUUCUGUUAAUGUCAGACAGAGAAAUUGGAAGCCAUCAGGAAGGAGCUAGAGACAAUAAUGAAAGGACUAAACAAGGACAUGAAAUUGUACCUCCUUCGCCGAUGCUUCCAUCGACAACAUGUUCACUGAAAGCGCAGGCAUCAUUACCACAAGAGAAGGGGCAGAUGAUUUGUGGUUCUUGCCGGAAGUUGCUCACUUAUCCUCGAGGAGUCAAAUAUGUCCGGUGUUCAUGCUGCCAGACAGUUAAUCUUGUUUUAGAAGCUCAUCAAGUUGGACAAGUCAAGUGCGGUGGUUGUGCAGUUUUGCUGAUGUACCCAGAAGGAGCCCCAUCAGUCAAAUGCUGCUCUUGCCGCUAUGUCACAGAUAUUGGGGUAUGUACUCCUUUUACAUUCCUAUGCUAACCCAAGUACUGGAGAACUUUUUACUAUUACAUCUCAUUUUUUUUUAAUUUACAGUCAUUCAAUUUCUUUGGUUAAUAUGAAAGCUGAUAAUGAGAAAUAUUCAUCUGAAGAAAACUUUACAAGAUGGAAUAAAAAAAGCCGGAAACAAAUAUUUUAUUCCUGCCUUGCAGUUUUAAUAUGCUAAUAGUUGUUAAGCUUGGAAAACAUUGUAAAGUUGAAGUUUUCUAAGGGAUGAAAGGAAGAUGGUGAGGUAGAUUAUAUAUUUUGUCAAAGCUAACGCGAUUACUCUUUACGGGAAUAAUAUGGUUCUCUUGAAGGAAUUUUUUUGCAUCAACAGCCAAAAACUUAUUAUGAUAUUUGAAGUUUCAUUUAGAGUAACACUCUCUGUAAAUCAGCUAUAAAGCUAUGCUGGAAAAAUAUAUGUAUCCUUAUGUGGCAGUUCUCCCAGAGUUCAGUUAGCAAGUUACUAUGACCAAGUUAGAUUUUGUAACUAAGGCAAAUAUUCUUUACGGAAUGAAAAAUUGGUCGGUAUACAUUAUGUGUUGGAUGCAAAUGUGCAGGCUCACAACCGGCGUCCUCCUCUCUCUGUCCAACAAGCCCGGAGGCUUCCUUUCUUGAACCCUGUUCGCUGAAGUACUAUUCUCAAAGCCCAAGCCUUUUGCAGUGGUGAUUCUCAUCUGAUUAUAUGAAGCAACAUUAUUAACAUUUCUCCUAGGUGGCAUUGACUAAUUUAUUAUUGAGGCUAAUAUAUUGUCUUAAGAGUUAUUUUAAGUACAUGGUCAAAAAGAAGCAUCGACUUUGUAUAGUUGUAACAAUAGAUUACGGGGAUCUCUUCACCUAUGUAGGAGAACGAUUAGAUUUUGAAUCUGAACAAAAGCCUGCUCUGUAGAUCACUCUUAUUUUGAUGCACUUUGGAAAGUUCGAAAAAUUUCCCAUUUAAAGCGCAAUGUAUUAGGUUGCACUGAUGAAAGCGCAAUGUAUCUUGUGUUGUACUUCUGUUGUGGCUUACACAGAGUCAAUUACACUGCAGUGAAUUCUUUAUCAACUUUGAAAGGAAUAUGAGUUCGUUUUGUUUAAA